AUGUGGAUGCUCACAAAGAACAACUAUGAUAAUUGGAGUAUCAAGAUGAAGGCGCUACUAGGAUCUCAAGAUGUGUGGGAUGUCGUUGAGAAAGGCUUCAAGGAGCAAGAUGAAGCCUCACUAAGUCAAGGUGCAAAAGAUACAUUGAAGGAGUCAAGAAAGAGAGACAAGAAAGCUCUCUUCCUCAUUUAUAAAUCGGUGGAUGAAGAUACUUUUGAGAAGAUAUCCAACGUAACGACGACCAAAGAAGCAUGGGACAAGCUUCAAACUUGCAACAAAGGAGUUGAUCAGGUAAAAAAGAUUCGUAUUCAAACUCUUAGAGGUGACUUUGAACAUUUGUUUAUGGAGGAGUCCGAGUUAUUUUCUGAUUAUUUUUCUCGAGUAUUGGCCGUAGUCAAUCAACUUAAAAGAAAUGGUGAAGAUGUUGAUGAUGUGAAAGUCAUGGAGAAAAUAAUUCGCACUUUAAAUCCAAGUUUUGACUUCAUUGUUACCAACAUUGAAGAAAAUAAGGAUUUAAAGACCAUGGCCAUAGAGCAACUCAUGGGUUCCUUGCAAGCAUAUGAAGAAAAACAAAAGAGAAAAACUAAACAAAAGGAGGAUAUAGAGAAACUACUACAACUCAACAUAAAGGAAGCAAAAAAUGUAAACUACAAGAGCCAAAGAGGACGAGGUCGUGGCCAAGAUCGUGGACAUGGAUGA